CCACUGGUAGAGACCGGAAGCUUAAACCGAGCGAAGAGCCCGGUGGGUGUGUGCGCAUCUUUGCCGUUCGCGAGUCUCUGGUCCUGGUUUCCCUCCUGGGCUCGGGCGGUCGGACGGGGACGCGGGCGAAUUCGCUCCAGGUCCCCGCAGCUUCCCGCGGGGACGCGGUAGGCGCUGGUGCGGGCGCCGCUCGGAGCCGCGGACAGGCCCGGAAGCCGCCAUGGCGGCCCCGCGUCGGGGGCGCGGCGGCUGGGAGCGGAGCCCCCCGGAGCCGAGGCCGCGGGGCCCCCGCGCCGCGGCGGCGGCGGCGUCCCCGCCCGUCCUGUCCCUCAGCCACUUCCGCCGGGCGCCCUUCCUCUGCUUCGGGGACGUGCGCCUGGGGGCCUCGCGGACGCUGCCGCUGGCCCUGGACAACCCCGGCGAGGAGGCGGCCGCCGUGCGGCUGUCCCGCGGCCCCGCCGCCGAGCGCGGCUUCUCCGUGCGGCCCGGCGCCCUGGUGCUGCAGAGAUCUGACCUCACAUGCAUUUCAGGAGAACGGCAGGAAGUCCUGAAUUGGCUGUUGUCCUAUAAUCCUUUGUGGCUACACAAAGAACUAAAAGGUUUUUUUUACCUUUGUCAUGUUGGAAAAUCUGAUGGUCCUCAAAUAGUUGGAUACCCUCAGGAUUCUGCAGCAGGCUGGACAUAAAACCCAGGAUGUAUCUCUGGUAGCCAAGUCUGUAUAUCAAAUGAUACUCCCUGUUGGUUUUUCUUUUAAAUACGUGCUAUGUUUAAUUUGUAUGGUUUCUUUGUUGGUGUUUUUCUCCAUUACUGAACUUCAGCUGUGACUUCAUAUUGUGUUCAGGCAGUAAAAUUCUAUUUAAAAAUGAUUAAUUGAUUUUAGCUUAUUAACAAAAAGAUGUAAUUGAUUUUGAUGAACUAAAUUAACUCACGAUGUUUAAUUUUCUUCCUUCCCUUCCUCCCUCCCUCCCUCUCCCUCCCUCCCUCCUCUUUUUCUGUGACUCAGCAAUUCUCUACUGGGUACAAAUCCUACAGUGUUCUCUGUGCCCUAUUUCUUGGCCUGGGUUAUAUAGCAGUUAGCUUUAUAAUUAAUCAUGAUAGUUGUAAAUUGGUUUUCUGCCUUCAUGUUUCAUGUUAUAACGUAAUAAUAGUCUACUUGCGUGAAAUUGAUUAGUGGGAACCAUUGCUACAUAUAAUUUUUAUUUCACUGCUUUCAUGAUUUUUAUUUAAUGACAGUACAUUUUAAUAUUAAUUAUGUUGUAAGUACAUUUUAAUAUUAAUUAUGUUGUAAAAAAUAUAACAUAUGAAUGAAUAGCUUUUUUUUUUCCCUUUUGGCAUAAUCGGGUUUUUUGGAGGUAAAACUCCCAACAGUAUAAAUGCACCCUUUCUUUUAGGGAUGCAAUUCAAUGAGUUUUGACAAAUGUAUACAGUUGUGAAGCCACUACCACUGAGAUAAAAUAUUCCUGUCACAAUCUGUACCCCUUUGCAGUCAGUUCUCUCCCGUUAACCCGUAGGUUCUGGAAACUACUGCUGUGAUUUCAGUACCCUUAGUCUUGCCGUUUCCACUUUGUCCCGUAAGUGGAAUCCUGAGAGGCAGCUCUCUGUGACGGGCCUCUCUUAUUUAGCUGAGUGCUUCUGAGGUUCGUCCAUGUCGAUGCAGGGCUUGGGUUUCACCUCGCUCUUCACAGGGUGCUGCUCCGAGGUAGGGGUGCACCCACUGUGCUUGACCACCCCCCAACCAAUAGAUGUUUGGAAUUUUCACUGGAAAGAACGAGAAGAUGGAAAUGCACAUAGUGGUUGGGAUUCGUGGGAGGGAGAUGCCUGUGCUCCCCCCUGAGGGAUGCUGUUUCCUCGGUGAAGAAGGAGAUUAUACACAUUAGCUCAGAAGCGGAUCCGGGAGGGUGUGGAGGGCACAUUUGAAAAGGAGAAAAUUGUCAUCUUGGAGAAAGAGAAAGAAAGCAACUUCUAGGCAAUUUCAGGUACCCAUUUAGACUUGCAAUCGUUGGCAUAAAAUCAGCCAGGCUGGUCAUGUAGUUUUUCUUUAGCAACGUCCGGCUGUGCAGCAAUGGAGAUUCAACUCGGAUCCACGUGGCAUCCUUCCAGCUGAGUUCAACAGGAAAGAGCAACAGUAGUGUUGACGGCAUUUGCAGAGGAGAUUAUACUGAGGAACCCCAGCUAGACGGGAGGGAAAGGAGCCCAGCGUUGUGCUGGGCGGCGGGCAGGGGCUGAGAUCCCGUGACGUGGACAUCUCAGCGGGCGGAAGCUGUGAGCCGUGCACGUGUGAAGUCAGACGUGGAAGAAAUCAUGAAUCCUCUGAAAGCUAUUCAAAUGGUGACGGACAUGCUGGGCAUUCGCUAUUAGCAAAGGCAAACGCCUCUGUGUGAACAGGAGAAGGAGCAGGAGAGCUGAUCACGCGUGUGGAAAGUGCUUCUGGCCUUCUGUGUACAGCUUUUAAAAUCUGACUUUGUAUUAAAGUUAAAAAGAUAUACGUAACCAAUAAACCUUUUAUAUUUGUUUUAUUUGAUAGCUUUAUGCAGGUAACAAACUAAUGUGACAUGAUGUCAUGUCUGUCCUCUUAAAAUAUUGUAUUAGUCUGAAUAUAGUCAUAUUCCUGAAGGGAAAAGAUUAGCUUAUUAUUCCUAUUUUAUAGUUAAAUUGAAGCAUUCAUCUAAAAUAAAUGUUGGAAUUCAAGUGUGCGAACUCACACGGAAGUGAGAGGAGGAUAAAAUAAUCCCCCAGGUGCCACAAACCACACCCUGUCUCCUGACUGACUGGACCUUUCAGAUGGGCAAGUGAGCCCCUCUGGGCAAAUUAGACAAAUUCCCCCCAUCCCAUCACGUGCUGAAACCCUUAACUUGGAGCUGAGUGGGGCUAUCAUUUGACCUGGGAGGAGCAAGGUAUUGCUUGUAAUAGAAACGUGAUGUCUAGUCCUAGCACAGACCCGAAGACGACUCAGUGCUGAAACAUGACUUGCUGUUUUCGUUAGCUUUGGGUCACUGUUUCCAGUACUGAACCGCUGUGAUUCCAGGGCCACAGAGGCCUAACUCCAGGGGCUGUCUGCCGUCUGAUCAGGUCCCAAAGUCUGUCUAGAUAUGAGGGCCGGGACAGUUCUUAACUGAAAUAAAUCAGUAGUAGCUAGAAAUGGAGAGACCAUUUAACUACUUACUUUACUAUUUUAUUGGAAUAAGAAUUAAACCUAAUCAAUUGGAAAUUGUCUGUGAUCUGGUUAGAACAGAGUAUGUAUUGUAGAAUACAUUGAUAUUAACUGAAGAAUUUGAGUACUUUUGCUUUUUUUUCCCUUACAAUAAAGUGUU